CUGCGCCGCCACACCCAAGAUGGCGUCGCCCACAGAGUAAAGUCCGGACGCCACUACCUCCAAAAUGGGAGACCGCUACAGGAGGACGGCGGAGACUAUAACCGGAAGUUCCGCCUCCGCCCAGUUCCGUUCCGCCGUGUGGCCCCGAGCGCGCGAGGCCCGACCCGCCCUGCCAUGGUGCCCCUUCCCCCCUCCUGCUGCUGCUGCUGCUGCCCCCGGCCCUGCCCGGCCCCCCCGAGGUGAUGGUGACACGACCCCGGGGGUGGCCCUGAUCAAUCUGCCGUUCUACGACCCCUCGAGGCCGUUCCGGUGCCUCGACGGCUCCGCCACCAUCGACUUCUCCUGGGUCAACGACGACUACUGCGACUGUGGGGACGGCUCUGAUGAACCUGAUUGCUGCGAUGGCACCGACGAGUGGGACAGUGAGGCCGGGUGUGAGAACACAUGCAGGGAGCGUGGCCGGCGGGAGCGCGAGGCCCGCAGCCGUUUGGCCGCCCUGGCCCGCGAGGGCUUCGUGCUGCGGCAGCGGCUGGUGCAGGAGGCGGCCGAGGGCAUGAGGGACAAGCAGGCCCGGCGGGGGGGUCUGCAGGAGUCCCGGAAGGAGCAUGGAAGCAGCGCGUGGGGUACCCUCCGGGCGGCCAAGGAGGCGGCUGAAAGGCCCCGAACGGCGGCCAGGGGGGGAGCACCGCAGGAAAUGGGGAGAGCAAAGGGCGGCAGCGGCGGCGGCGCGGACGAGGCUCGAGCGGCCGAAGCCUUCGCUGAGCUGGACACGGACGGGGAUGGACGGCUGACCGGGGCCGAGCUCCAGGCCCCCCUGAGCUGGACCCCGACGGAUACGGGCGCCUUCUCAGAGACCGAGGCCGAGGCACUGCUGGGGCCCGGGGUGCUGUGGAUUCUGGAACAUUCCGGGAGCGGAUCUGGGAGAGCGUCCGGGAGCGGCUCGACCCACGUGGCCAAGCUGAGCCCCCCCAAACCCCCCCUGAGCCCUCCCUGGAUGAGACCCCCCCCCAGGAAGAAGAGGAGGAGGAAGAGCCAGAGGAGUAGGAAGAUGAUGAUGAGAGGAGGAAGGUCCUGACGAAGAGCUCAAGGUGCCCCCCCCGCAGCCCCAGGAGGGGAAGGAGCCCCCUGAGUAGGAGCCCCCCGAGGAGGAGCCCCCCUAUGAUGAGGCCACCCAGGCCCUCAUUGAGCUGCCAACGGGCCCCGGGACGAGCUGGCCGAGGCCGAGCGGGCGCUGAAGGAGGCGGAGGACGGGAUCAAGGCCCUGGAACAGGAAUUGGGGUUUGAUUUCGGCCCCGAGGGCGAGUCUCGUACCUGUACAAACAGUGCUAUGAGCUGAGCACCAUCGAGUACGUUUACCCGCCUGUGCCCCUUCCACCCACGCGUCACCCAGAGGCCCAAAAACGGUGGCUCCGAGACCAACCCUGGGGACCUGGGGCUCCUGGGCCGGCCCCGAAGGCGACAAGUUCAGCGCCCACAAGUAUGAGCAGGGCAUGGGGUGCUGGCAGGGCCCCAACCGGGCCACCACGGUGAGGUUGAUGUGUGGCACACGGACACGGCGCUGGUGGCGGCCACGGAGCCGAGUCGCUGCGAGUAUCUGCUGGAGCUGGAGACCCCCGCGGCCUGCAGGGAGCCCCCCGCCCCCCACGACGAGCACGAUGAGCUGUGACCCCAAAAACACCCCCGGGACCCCCUCAAAAUACACCACCCCCCCAGAAAAACCCCAAAAAGCCAUCCAAAAAUCCACCCAAACUGCCCCCCUGAGCCCACUGGGAGCCCCCAGACUCGAGCUCGGGGGGUCCUGCCUCAGUUUCCCUCCCUCAGACCUCAAGUGACCAUCCCAGGAUCCCUAAUUUGGGAAUUUCGGGGGUAUUCCAAUGAGGGGAGGGGGGAUCAUAACCCCCAAAUGGAGAUUCUGGGGGGGGAGGGGGGUGUUGCUUCAUUUUCCUCCCUCCCAAAUUCCCCCAGGACUUUGAGGGACCAUCCCAAGAUCCCUAAUUCAGGAAUUCCGAGGGGGAGAACAUCUGGGGGGGGGGAUGGGAGAGAAAUCAGAAUUCUCCCCCCCCCC